CUUUUAUUCGUUCUGAACCGUGCAGAGAGCCAGCACACCCUUUCCUCAACCAACUUCCAACCGCACGCCGCUCGUCUUACCCAUUGGCGUGCUACCACCACAUCGUGGCUCCCGGACAGGUAACCGAGUCCCUCCCAGGCUUCUUACCAAGUAGGUAGAGUAUUUUUACCUACCUUGCCUCUUCCUCCACUCCGGUCUCGCGGCCAUUCCUCUGUCGGACCAGCUGCUUCCCGGCCGCGCAGGGGGGCUUGGGUAGAACAUCAAACCCUCUUACACGCCGUCGGCUCUCGUACCUGCGACGCUCCAUCCCAAUCACCUCCUUGCUUCUUCCAGCCAUUCGCCCUCGACGACCCCUGACAACAUGGGCUCUUUAGACAAGUCCCACGACGAAAUAACCAUCCUGGUCACUGGGUUCGGGCCGUUUAAAAAUGAGUUUCCUCGGAAUCCCAGCUGGGACAUUGCCUCCUCGCUACCAGAAUACCUACCUCCCCUGAAUGCUAAGUCUUCAACCGCCGUCCGUGGCGGGUCCCUGCCUCUGCCUCCGGUCCGAAUCGUACUUCACCCUGAGCCAGUGCGUGUCACGUACUCGGCCGUCCGGCACCUCGUUCCAAAGCUGUGGCAGCCCGGAUUCGAAGGAGUCCAGAAGAUCGAUUACGUGCUACAUAUCGGCAUGGCGUCGUCUAAGAAGCAGUACGUUCUUGAACGACUUGGACACAGGGACGACUACACGAUCCCCGACCUGGAUCAGAGGCUGCCCAACCAGAACUCUUCCUCUGACGAUUACCCCUGGCACGAUAUCCCUGCUCAGUUGGUGACCGAUCUUGACGUAGCAGACAUCAAGAGGAGAUGGGAAUCGUACUUGCCGGACAAUCUUACGCUCAAAUCAUCGGAAGACGCAGGUCACUUCCUUUGCGACUACAUAUACUUCAACAGCUUGGCCACCUGUCACCGCGCUGAGAAGCGCAAGACAGUCUUGUUCAUGCAUGUACCGGCCGUCAGACCAGAGCCCGCGGAUUUGUACAACAGUUCGAUUGAUCUGGGCCGGGAGGUUGCGAUCCAGCUCCUGAGAUCACUCGUUGAGAGCGAGCUGACUGCUGAGCGAGCAAAGGCUGAGGCCGAAUCGUGAAGGUGCAUGUCUUUUGCCGCAUUCGGAGGCGUCUCUCACUUACCGGGCCCGAAUUAUGUCCUGGCUCUCAAGAACGUUGUGUGAGUCGUUGCAGGAGAGCAAGGGCGCUCUGGGGACCGGAAAUCGAAUGGGCGACGACCUGAGAGUUCCAAGUGGCGUCUGCAUCCCUUCGCAACGAACCUUUGAAACAAUAGUGCUCGCUGUCCAGUACUGUAGUGUGCAACAAGCUUGAAUACCGAAGGGCGAUCCUCCCGCGAAGUGAGGUUUGUGUCUUCCCGCGUCAACUGGGCAUCAAUGGACAGUUCCAAAUCGGAUGAUCAGCCAAGGCAAAGUCACCUAGAUGGGCGAGGUAGUCUCCCGAUCAA